AUGGACAGUCCCAUUACCGCGUGCGUCUGUCUGUCUGUCUGUCUGUCUGUCUACAAGCGGCGCAACCGUCGGACAGGCACACACACGCAGGCGCGGGCUCUGUACCACCCGGCUCUUCCAUGUCGUCUUCAAGUCUUCCUAACCUCCAAGUCUCCAAGUCUCCAAGUCUCCAAGUCUUCAACUCUCAACUCUCCCUCAAAGCCAUUCCCAUGCAAGGAAGCACUCUAUACCUGUAGUGCCACGGUCGACGUCGCUGCCCAUGCCCGCCAUGCCUCGCAUGCAUCCUUUGCACUACCCUGCGCCCACCCUUCUUCCAUCAUCAUAAUCAUCAUGGCCCACGGCACGAGCAAGCCAAGCUCUCCGUCCGUUGGCCCCCUCUUGCAUCCGUCAUUCCUGCUCCAAGAGCCCACCUCACGAACCUUGUCCUGGUUGUUGGUGUGUAACCGUUCCCAACCAGUAACGUGCCGCCCCUUCGCUAGUCCAUGGCUGGUACCAUCUGCCACCAGUGCGAAUCGGCGAUAUCAGCCAGGCAAAUCCUCCGUCAGCGGGGCACUGUCAUCACAGGAAAGCGGGAGCGCCGAUGUCUUGCGGCGGGAGAACCGUUCCGUCGCAGCAAGCAGCAGCAUCAGCAGUAGUAGUAGUCGCAGCAGCAGCACACUGCAUUGCGCGCGCCCUCCGCCCAACAAGUCCUGAGUAAUAGAGCCGACGCUGACCCGCCGUGCGUUUGUCGCGUCCAAGUUUGCAACCGUCUCAUCAGCUGCUAUGUGCUUCGUGUAAAACGGGUAGCAUGCGACGCAACCCACUUUCGUCCUCAAAUCACAGCCCGCAAUCUCACAUCGUUCAUCAAUCCCUCCCUUGCGCCGGCUCAGCCUGGCGAACUGCUCUACCCAUGGUAACAAGCGUGAUUCGCACCAUGAUUCGCCCGCGCUUCCUGGACCGACAGAAAGCGACCCAAGACACCAUCAUGCAUCGUAUAUACCCUGUGGCGGUGCCGGCUGGCCCGCUGCGUGACGACUCUCGGACAUGUGCGGAUGUGCGC